AUGGAUCCACAAGAGAAUCAAGCAGAGCAAAAGGAUCAAGUGAACCAAGCACAGGUGGCCAGAAAUAAGCAACAAGCCUUAGUUAACCAGAACAUGGCUGAGAGAAAUGAGCACCAGGCUCAGAUGAAUCAGAAUCAGGCGGCCAGAAAUGAGCACCAGGCUCAUAGUCAAUACUCACCAGAACAGACAAGAAACUCCAAGUUCCAUGCUUUGCCUAUGGAAGAUCCCCUAGAUCACCUUGAUAACCUUGACAAGGUUUGUAACCUUACAAAGAUCAAUGGUAUAUCUGAGGAUGGCUUCAAGCUGAGACUCUUUCCAUUCAGCUUGGGAGACAAAGCUCACCAUUGGGAAAAGAACCUGCCUAGAGGAUCCAUUCAAACUUGGGAGCAGUCUUCACUACUCAGUACUCUAUACAGACGAGCUCUCCCCAAGAUAAGAAACCAACUAGAUACAGCUUCCAAUGGCAAUUUCCUUGCUAAGGAAAUCAAUGCAGCAAUGGAGUUGGUGGAAAACUUGGCUAUGAGAAAUGACACAUAUGGUGAAGACUAUGAUAGAGCCUAUAGAGGAGAUGGUUAUAGUGAAGAACAAAGGAUGAGAAAGGACAUCAAGGAGCUUCAAAGAAAGUUGGAUAAGAGGAGCUACAUUACAUUAGGAAUCAAAACAAGUUCCAGAGGUAUAACAACUUCAACAACCAGAACGUCAUACAUAAAUCCCAAUGUAGCUAAUCCAGGAGAUCAGGUUUAUCCCUCUCAACAAGCUCAGCAAAGCUAUGUUCCCAAGAAUCAGUUUCAAAGGAACUUUCAGAGCAAGCAGCAGUACAUUCAGCAACCUCAGCAGUAUGUUCAGCUACCUCAGCAGUAUGUUCAGAAACCUCAGCAGAACCAAGGGAGUAACUUCAAUAGUCAGCCGCCUAUGACCAAGUUUCCACCUGGAUUUGGACAGCAGCGGCAGCAGAAAGGUCAUCAGAUGGGUUCAGACUUGAGUGGGGUUCUACAGCAGAUACUUCAGGGCCAGCAAAGGCUGAAAGAUCUUCAAAAGAAUCAAGCUUCCUCUUCUAGAACACAAGGAACACUUCCUGGGAAACCUGAGCCAAACCCAAAGGAGUAUGCCUAUACCAAUACACUCAGAAGUGGCAAGGAAUUACCUGAGAGAAAGCAAAGCCAUGUGCUCAUUGAGGACAAUAAGCAACUUGGUGGGGAGGUGCCUCAAGGGAGUGUGCUAGAUGAUGAAGCUGUAAAGAAAGACAAGGGCAAAGGUGUGGAAAAAGAGAUGGUGCCUGAGAAACCAUAUGUGCCACCACCACCUUAUCAGCCCAAACUUCUAUUUCCAAGAAUGUUCAAGAAGCAGCUCUCAGAGAAGGCUAGAGCUGUUUUUGAAAAGCAGUUGAAGAAGACUCAGUUCACCAUGCCCAAUAUAGAAUCCUUCCUUAUGAGGAGGACAAUCCCUAAGAACUUAUCUGAUCCAAGGAGUUUUACAUUGCCAUGUACUAUUGGUCCUCUAAAGUUUGCAAGCUGCUUAUGUGACCUUGGAGCAUCAGUGAGUUUAAUGCCUUUCUCAAUUGCAAAGAAGUUGGGGUUCACAGUCUACAAGCCUGCAAGGAUAUCUUUAGUGCUUGCUGACAGGUCAGUUAGGCUCCCCAUUGGACUCCUUGAAGAUCUUCCUUUGAAGAUAGGUGAUUUUGAAGUCCGAACAAACUUCAUUGUGCUUGAAGUUGAUGAAGAGCCUAUGGAUCCUCUCAUACUGGGUAGACCAUUCCUUGCUACAGCAGGUGCCAUAAUUGAUGUCACCUUUACAAAAGAACCAGGAAAACAUGGGUUCUUGGCUGAGGAGAGUGAAGCCUACAAGAUGGUGUUAGAUCAGCACAGGGUAGCAGGUUCAGAAACUCAGUUUUUGGAGCUGGAGACAAGCAGCCAAAUGAUGAAAAAGCCACCAAUAGAAGAACAGGUUUUCUAUGUUGAGACAAUGGAUCUGUUGGCUGAUGAGCUGUUGGAAGAGCUGACAUUGGAAGACCCUUUUCAGGUCAUCUUGACAAAAGAACCAGGAAAAAAUGGGUUCUUGGCUGAGGAGAGUGAAGCCUACAAGAUGGUGUUGGAUCAGCACAGGGUAGCAGGUUCAGAAACUCAGUUUUUGGAGCUGGAGACAAGCAGCCAAGUGGUUUAG